UCGUCAGUGUACAUAUAUGGGACUGUUUUCCGUGCGAUUCUACUCUCGAACAAACCAAACGCCUACAUUCACUCGCCGUCGGCCUUCACGAUGGAUUGGCAAGGACAGAAACUAGCAGAGCAAUUGAUGCAGAUACUACUGGUGGUAUUUGCAGUUGCAGCAUUUAUAACAGGUUAUGUUGUGGGUUCAUUUCAACUGAUGUUGUUUGUGUAUGCUGGGGGAGUGGUGUUGACAACUUUGAUUACAAUUCCUAAUUGGCCAUUUUUUAACAAACAUCCUCUCAAAUGGUUGGAUCCGAGUGAAGCUGAAAAGCAUCCAAAACCACAGGUGGCUGUGACUUCGGUUUCAAAGAAGAAACCCAACAAGAAAUAGGCUAUGGCUAUUUUAUAUCAUAAUUGGGUCAUAUUGAAAUGAAAAUUGUGUUUUUUCGGAUUUGGUUCUGUUUUUAAUGUUUAGCUUGAUAAAUGAUGUAAUAGAUUUUAUGCAUCGGCUAGAAAAUUGAAGAAAAAUAUUUUAAAUGAGUAGAGGAAUUGAAUUUGAUCA